AUGGUCACCAUUCACACUAUUCCUUCAUUGCCACCAUCAUCUCAACCAUCUCAUACUCAUCCGUCUCAAACUCCACCUUCAUCUCAAGAUCUAUUGAUUGAAGAUUCUCGUUCGAUUGAUUCUCCUAUGACCAUCGUCACAUCAACUCCUUCGCCAAUUAGACACUAUUCAUUCUUAUCACCAGGACCCAAAGCAAAACCGAGUACCACCAAAGUCAGCCGAGAUCAAACUUUCAAAAAGUCCCUUCCGUUUAUAAAAGAGCUUGCUCUACCCGAAGUUAGAGACUGGGUUAGGCAAUGCAAACACUGUGGCCAAUUUGGACACUCCGAGUUCUUAUGCACUAAAAGGGAUUCACCUAGCGUAGCUGAACAUCACAACGACUGGCGUCUGGUUCAUUUCAAAAGGCAUGGCCGUACCAGUGUUUAUAGUGUUUUGGCUCUUUAUCCGAGUUUAGCUCAACCAAAUUUUGUACAAACGAAGAAGACGACUGAUGCUCUUCCAACCGGUUCCGUGUCCAACAUCAACCCAGCAGUAUCGAGCGGAUCAUCAACCUCGAACAAGGUCAUAUGUUGUACCUGCAAAGAGUGCACCUGUGGUUGCCACAAUAAAUAA